AUGGCAGUAAAUAAUGAAGCAGUAACAAACCCAAUGAGUGAGGGUGAGCUGAAAAAAGUGUAUUAUGAAAAUUUUAUAGAUGAUCUGACAGAUGAAGAACUUAUGUAUAAAAAAACAGUUGAAGAUUUAUUUUAUAUAUAUAAAUCUUUCGGUUUUAUAUAUUCAAUAAUUAAAAAGGCAAAUUUAUUAUUAAAUAAAGAAAGUUUUGAUAUGUUUUUAAAAUCGUUAGUAAGUUUCAUUGAUGAACUUUUCCUUAACAAUCCAAAUUUAUUGCAACAAAAUGGAAAUGAAAUAUAUUUAAAUUGUGUAAAUAAAGACAAUGGAAAUCUGCCAUGUAAAAAGAGAAAAGGAGAAUUUGAUGAAGCAUAUGUAGUUAAUAAUAAUGAUAAUAACAGCUAUAUGAAUAUUAUGUCGAAAACGUAUAUUGAAGAAUUACUUAAAGAUAUAAACUACAUAGACAUUAAUUUUAGUGAAAAGAAUGCACAAGAUUAUCUAUUUAUCAUUAAGAAUAUUUUAAAAAUGAAAAAUACAUUAGAAAUUGAACUUGUGAAAAAACGUAUUGAUAAUAUAAAAAAUAUUUUAAAUAUAGGCAAGAAUAUUUUUCAUGUCGAUGAAUUAUUAGAUGAUUUGAAUGGAAAUAAUGAUACCAUGAAAAAAAUAAAAGUACAUGAACAUAUUGAUGAAAUGAUAGAAAAACUGAAAACAAUUGAACCAGUCAUUAUUGCAAUAGUUUAUAAACAAAAUUUCUGGUAUCAAAAUAUUUUGAACAAGUCAGAGUACGAUAGCUUAAAUUCAAUUCUAAACCUAGAUGUAGAUGCAGAUAUCAAAAUUGUAGAAUCCACUUAUGCAGAUGUCAUUCUCCUUUUAGGGGAUACAAUGACACAAAAUAAAGAUCUCCAAAUUGCAAAGGAAAAAUUAGAAAGAUUGAAAACGAAUUAUGAUGCAGAAGUACAAAGAAAAUUACAACAAGAAAUGGAACUAUCCAAAAAAUUGGAGGAUAAAAGAAAGGCAGUACAAUUUAUCAUAGACAGAUAUAAUGAGUACACAUGGUUUGACAAAAAUUCUACCAAAAAACAUUCCUUUUAUAUAUUAGGAAUUAAUCCCAAAACAACUACAGAAGAACAGCUCAAAAGUUUCGGAAAAAGAUUGAAACAUAUUUUACAUCCAGAUAAAGAGCCAAAUAAGGAAUGGAAGAAAAAGGCAGAAUCUGCAUUUAAAGAAGCAUCCUUGGCUAUUUUAGGUUGUCAGCAGGAGUUCAAAACAAAGGUUCUAAAGAAUUUGGAACCAGGCCCACCUGCCCCAUAUUUAUCUCUAAUUGGGGUUGAAGUAGCACCCACAGGGGAUAGCAACCUCAGUGGAAAUAGUGCCACAAGCGAUACGAAAAGCACCUCGAAACCAGAACAAGAAAAUGCACAUCUCCCGCAGUAUUAUCCAACACAGGCCUAUUAUCCCAAAUUUGAAUUAAAAUGUGUAGAUCAAAAAAUUGGCACGAUUUUGAUUGAUAUAAAAUGUCCUGUACAACUAGGAGUUAUAAAAAAAGUUAUUCUCUAUGUACAUAGGCCCAUUUAUGGAAGUGAACCCAUGAAUUUAAUUCCAGAUGAUUCCUUUUUGUCAUACAAAAAGGAACAAAAUGUAAAUGUAAAAAAUUUAAAUCAGUCUAUUGAAGUAAGAGUUGAUUUUGUGCAACCGUUAGAAAUUGCUGCAUCUACAAAAUAUUAUAUCGGAAUUCAGUUAAUAGCCGAUAGAGGAAAUACUAUGAUUAAUUGGAAUUCCAUAAACAUAACGCUACACAAAUUUAGCAACAAAAAUAUUAUUAAAAAGCUUUUAUCUUCUUUUAAAAAUGCAUCAUUUAUCAACCAAUCGCAGCUCAAUACAGUUCUCUCGAAUGAGAACAAGGACGAGAUGACAAAAUAUUUGAACGACUGUAUUGCUUCCGCUAAAGUAUGGGCCCAGACGGUGUAA